GAUCAAAUGGCUGAAAUUGGUAGCAAAGAAAGCAGGUGGUCUCUUCAGGGAAUGACAGCUCUUGUUACUGGUGGAACUAAAGGAAUCGGGCAUGCUAUUGUAGAGGAAUUGGCAGGCCUAGGGGCAACCGAAUUAUUAUCAGCUCUCUCUUUUACUGGCUUUUAUUUUGAGCUUCACAAAAAGAAAUUUUCUGUUUUUAUGGCUUUGGCUUCAUGAGUUUUGAGACAAACGGAUGGAUGUUUGCAUGUAUAUAUAGGUAUGCGAUUGUGGAGGAAUUGGCAGGGCUUGGGGCGACCGUGCACACAUGCUCUCGCAAUCAAGGUGAUUUGAAUAAGUGCUUGCACGAGUGGGAGGCGAAGGGGUUCCGAGUCACUGGUUCAGUCUGUGACCUUGUGUCUCGUCCCCAACGAGAAGAACUUAUGAACACAAUUUCUCAUCAAUUUGAUGGCAAACUCAAUAUCCUUAUAAAUAAUGUGGGGACCUCCCUUGCUAAACCAACCACAGAGGUGACGGCUCAAGAUUUUACAUUCAUCAUGACUACUAAUAUUGAAUCCACUUACCAUAUGAGCCAACUCACUUAUCCUCUUAUGAAAGAAUCAAAAGGAGGAAGUAUUGUUCUCAUUUCUUCUGUUAGUGGAAUGUUGGGAAUAGAUGGCUUAUCGAUUUAUGGAGCAAGUAAAGGAGCACUAAACCAACUUACUAGAAGCUUGGCGUGUGAGUGGGCACGAGACAAUAUCAGGACCAACUGCGUCGCACCUGGGGCGACAAGAACUCCUUUAACAGAGAAUCUACUCAAAGGCAAAGUCUUGGAAACUAUAAAUUCACGGACACCUAUUGGACGACCUGCGGAGUCAGAGGAGAUAUCAUCUUUGGUAGCGUAUCUCUGCCUACCUGCAGCCUCUUACAUUACUGGACAGAUAAUCCAUGUUGAUGGAGGGAUGACUGUGAGCGGAUUCAAUGCCCUAGAACAAUGACAGAUGAUCAGAUAUGAUAAAAUCAAUCUCCUUAGUUGAAGCUGUUUUCAAUAAAUUUCCCAACUCCAAUUGUUCCUUUUAUGUCGUCUUUUUUAUGUUUGUUUGUUUUAAGAUCUAAUUAAUGCUUGUCACUUGUAUCGAUCUCAUAAUUUAUAAUAAGCUUCAGCAGAGCCUGUUUGAUUU